UUCGACUCGUGCCAUGCGCCACUACCAGUCGACCCUCGCGAGCAUUUAAAGGACACAGCAAUCAUGGAUCUGCAUCAGUGUACGACCGACUAUUCGUCAAAUAAUAAGUGCUACUACAUACGAAAAAAAUAUGUCGACCAUUGACGGAGUUAUUGACGGAGUUCAUAAUGAAGUGAAGGCUUCUGCCCUGGAGCUGAUCGGCAACACGCCGCUGGUGGCGCUGGACCGCCUGCACCCCGGGCCCGGCCGCCUGCUGGUCAAGUGCGAGUUCAUGAACCCCGGCGCCUCGCUCAAGGACCGCUCGUCGCUGCACAUGAUCCAGGACGCGCGCGCCGAGGGCCGCCUGGCGCCCGGCGCGCCCGUGGUGGAGAUCACGUCCGGCAACCAGGGCUGCGGGCUGGCCGUGGUGUGCGCCGUGCUGGGCCACCCGCUCACGCUCACCAUGUCGGCCGGCAACAGCGUGCAGCGCGCGCUGCACAUGGAGGCGCUGGGCGCGCGCUGCGUGCGCGUGCCGCAGGUCGAGGGCCGCUACGGCAGCGUCACCUUCGCCGACGUGGAGGUCUGCGAGAAGGAGGGCCACAAGAUCGUCGAGGAGACCGGCGCCUUCCUUGUCAACCAGUUCCACAACCCGUCCAACUCGCUGUCGCACUACAAGAUGAUGGGCCCCGAGAUAUGGAGACAGACCGGGGGGCGCGUGGACGGCUUCGUGGCGACGAUGGGCACGGGCGGCGUGUUCACCGGCACGAGCAGGUUCCUGAAGGAGCAGAACAAGGACGUGAAGACAUACGUGGUGGAGCCGGCGGGCGCGGAGGUGAUCAAGGGGGACGCGAUCACGAAGCCGCUGCACCUGCUGCAGGGCUCGGGCUACGGCUACGUGCCGAGCCUGUUCGACCGCUCGCUGCUGGACGGCACGCUGGCCGUGACGGACGAGGAGACGCUGGAGUACCGCCGCCUCAUCGGGGAGAAGGAGGGGCUGUUCGUGGGCUACACCAGCGCGGCCAACGUGGCGGCGGCGGCGCGCCUGCUGCGCUCCGGCCAGCUGCCGCCCGACGCCUGGGUCGUCACCAUCCUGUGCGACACCGGCCUCAAGUACUGCUAGUGCCGACUGCUCUCGCCACGGUGACCGACGCUAGCUCAGUUCCAGUGUUUGUUACUGCCACAUUCAGUGAUAUUCUAAUAGAUGUGCAUAUCGCUUAUUUAACUUUUCACGUAAGUUAGCCUAUGAACUUCCAUGUUUUUUUUGGCAUUUCAAUUAUAAAUGAUAGAUCUUCAUAGGCAAGCAGCAUGUGUAAAGUUAAAUAAUCUGUUAGUGUUUAUAGUCAUAUAUAAAUAAAUAUAAAUAAUAAGACUAUUGUUAGGUAUUGACUACUUUUAUAUGUUCUCUGAUGUUACCUAUUUUAAGUUUUAUUUAUUUUUUAAUUUUUUUGUGUUAAAUAAAAUUAUUUAUAACUUAA